GGAUCUUCGGCACAUGACGGCAUCAACCCGGCGCUGAGUCGGGCGCCUGCCAGUAGCCCAGAUGCGUUUGUCGCUCAUCCCCAUGGUGUUUUCUUUGAUUUGCGAUGUGAUGAGGACCGAGCGCAGUGGCGUGCACAGGUCAGGCGCUCCCCAAAGGAGAUCACAAGGUUGUCGGAAUUGUCGGGAGUGUUCCCACGACAACGGCUGCACGCGCUGCAGAGAGCACCUCUUCCUCUUUCUGCAGCGGGACGGCAUGUCUCACCACGGAACAUGUCUCCACGCCUGUCCUGUCGGAUACUUUGGCCAGAGGGGGCGGGACAUUAACCGCUGCUUAAAGUGCCGCUCAAUGGACUGUGAGCAGUGCUUCAGCAGGGACUUUUGCAUCAAGUGUAAGCCGGGCUUCCAGCUCUGCAAAGGCCGAUGUUUGAACCGCUUCCCUGAGGUAACCUCUGCACAACACAAUCAGUGUCGUGACAACUGCGCCCUGGAUCCGCUGGCUGAGUGGAGCCGCUGGAGCAUCUGCCUGCGAGACGGCGCCCCCUGUGGCUUCCGGUCGGGCCAACAAAUGAGGAUGUGGGGCAGUGCAAGACUUGGACCCUCACUCUGCCCGUCACAAAGCCAGACACGGAAGUGCCGGAUGAAGAAGAGGUGUCCGACAGAAUACAUUAUCCAAUGCCUUUACAAGGGUCUUCAUCCCAUCAUCUUUGUUCAAAUCAUCCGCAGGUAUUUCCAAAGCUGUAUCUCUAGCUCUCCCCCUCAGUGA